AAAGCAUUUAUGCAUUUAACAAAAAUCUUCAAACCUUCAAUAGCAAUAUUCAGUCAAGUAACAAAAAUACUCAUUGAUCUAAAAACUUAAAAACAAUCGAGGAGGAGUUUAUUAAAAAAAAAAAAAUGGAACAAUUUAUUCUUAAAAAGAAGAUAUUUUAUCUGAUGGGUCAAUAAAUUCACCACAAUUAUUAAUGCUAUCAGGUCGCAUAUUGGACCGUUAAUUAAGCUCGGUUCUGACUCGAAAAAUUAUAUCAGAUCCUUAUUUAUUUGUUGAAUGACUUAAGUAUGAUCAAGGACCACUCACCAAUCCAAAAGGAAGAUAAUGUAAUAUAUUUAGGAUCGCCAGCAGUUGCCAAAUUACCAGUUGAGACUCACAACCAACUGAUAGAAUUAUUAGCUGAUAAAACUUUACAGCUACAAUUUGCAUCUCGAGAUUUAAAAAAGUUUUGGAUUAUCCAGAAAAAUGAAUAUGGAAGUUUGGUAACAGAGGCAUUGAAAAUGUUGAUUCCGUUCGCUACUUCUUAUUUGUGCGAAAAAGGAUUCUCAUCCAUGGUGGCAAUAAAAACUAAAUGUUGAACCACAAAUUAAGUAACUUUUAAAUUUAAAACAAAUUCAAAGAUCACACUAAUUAUUUAUUUUAUUAUGUAUAUUAAUUUU